CUGAGCUUGGAUGGGGAGGUGGGAGGUGGAAUUGAUUUUGAAGUUGGUGGCUUACAAGGCAGUGUGUUGCAGUGUGCAUAUAAUGGUGUGUGAUGUGAAAGAGAGAGAGUGGUGCACUGGUAAAAUAGGGAGGGAGAGUAAAAGAGAGAGAGCGAGAGAGAGAGAUGUGGACGGCCAGAGCGGCUCUGAAGAAGGACUCAUCUUUCUUGGUUGUUUGCACCUGAACGCUGCUUCAACUGUUCCUGAGUGAGCGCUGCUUUUUGCAAAGGAUGGAUUCUUAUUUUGUGCUCCUGGAGAUCAACUGAAUUGUGACUUGAACACAAUGGAGAACAACACAACCAUCUUUCAGGAUGUCGCUCGGGUUGUCAAUCUGACAGAAAUGCCUCUGAACCCUCUUGAAGAGCAGGUCAUAACAAUAUUUCUAACAAUGCUCAUCUGUGUUGUUGGGAUUGCUGGGAAUAUCAUGGUGGUGUUGGUUGUGCUGCGCACUAAACACAUGGUGACCCCGACUAACUGUUACCUCGUCAGUCUGGCUGUCGCAGACCUCAUUGUGCUCCUGGCUGCUGGGCUGCCUAAUAUCUCUAAUGUUGUAGCUUUCUGGAUAUACGGAUACACGGGAUGCUUGUGCAUAACUUAUCUUCAGUAUCUCGGCAUCAACGUGUCGUCCUGCUCAAUCACGGCCUUCACCAUUGAACGAUACAUUGCUAUAUGUCACUCCAUAAAGGCACAAUUCAUAUGCACCGUUUCCCGAGCCAAGAGGAUCAUAGCUGGAGUCUGGGUCUUCACCUCGCUCUACUGUAUUAUGUGGUUCUUCUUAGUGGACACAGAUGAAACCGUCUAUACCAAUGGAGUGGUGGUCACUUGUGGCUACCGUGUCUCCAGAAGCCUCUACAUGCCAAUCUAUUUCCUGGACUUCACUUUGUUCUACGUGAUCCCUCUCACUGUGGCCACUGUGCUGUACGGGCUCAUUGCGAGGAUUUUGUUCAUGAGCCCUCUGCCCUCACAUCUGAACGACAGAGCCGGAGGAGGUUCAGUCCACCAGGGGCAGUCCAACAGCACCAACAAGGCCAACAAGGGUGCAGUCUCUGCAAGGAAACAGAUAACAAAGAUGCUGGCUGUGGUAGUUGUCCUCUUCGCCUUGCUCUGGAUGCCUUACCGAACCCUGGUGGUGGUCAACUCGUUUAUCGACCCGCCUUAUCACAACACCUGGUUCCUGCUCUUCUGCCGGAUGUGCAUCUACGCCAACAGUGCCAUCAACCCCAUCAUUUACAACCUCAUGUCGCAGAAGUUUCGCGUCGCAUUCAAAAAGCUCUGCAAGUGCAACUGGAAACAGAAGGAGAAGGCGACAGAGUACAAUGUGCCGAUGUAUUACAGCGUGAUGAAGGAUUCAUCCCAUGAGAGCAACGAGCUGGUCACAGAGCAGGAGGAAGUGGGCUGCCACACCAACAAGAGGUUCAACGAAACGGAUGAUGACGCAAGCACGUUCAGUAUUUCUUAAUAAAGGUUUUGAGUUUGUUGGGUUCAUUAGGACAGACUGUGUUUGUAUGAUAAUUCAUUUGUGAAUAUCCAUCCAUUGAUUUUCUUCUACUUAUCUGGGGUCGGAUCGCGGUGGCAGGUUUAGCAGGGUGAUCCAGACGUCCCUCAGCAACACAUUCCAGGUCCUCCUGGGUGAUCCUAGGCUAGAUGGGCUAUGUAGACCCUCCAGAAUGUUUUGGGUUUGCCCCAGGGUCUCCUCCCAGUUGGACUUGCCAGGAACACCUCCAAAGGAAGGUGCCCAGGAGGCAUCUUAAUCAGAUGCCCGAACCACCUCAGCUGGCUACUUCUGACGCAAGGGAGACCGGCUCGACUUAAAGCAAGCAGAUCCCCAGAUGGCCGAGCUCCUAACCUUAUCUCUAAGAGCCCGGCCAACCGGUGGAGGAAGCUCAUUUCAACCGCUUUUAUCCAUGAUCUCAUACUACCCAAAGCUCAUGACCAUAGACAAGGGUAGGGACAUAGUUGGACUAAAUUGAGGGAGCUUAGCUAGAAGGCAAAGCGCCCGUUGGGUACAACAUCCACAGUACUGCCACCAAACCAUCAGUCCAUCUCACGCUCCAGAUCCUGAGGUGUUGUUCACUUGUGAAAAUCUUUGUGUUAAAGAAAGUAUUUAUUGAUGAUGAGAUCUUUAGAUAUUUGUCUUGUUUGCUUGACCCAGGUUGUGUAUUUGUGGUGUGGUAUUGGUGGUACUUUUGCAUCAGUAUUGUAACUUCACACUGCUUAGUGGGUAUCAAAAUGUGCGUUACCUUUACACAAAAAGUGGUUCUCUGAAAUGUUUCUGGAAAUAUUGUAUCGCCUUUUUAGUGCACAUAAAGACAUUUAGUUCAUAUUUAAAACUUUACUUUGUGACAAAUAGAACCAACACUAGUUUGUGCAACAAUGAGCUAAUCAAAUUAUCCGCACAAUGGGUCUCUUUAUAACAAGUGCACUUGUGCUUUUUAAGUGUACUCCACCUUCAGAUGUACCACAUUGUUCACAGGGAUGAUGAACCCACAGCCCACUCAUUUACACAUUUAUCCCAUUUCAACAAGGCAGUACAGACAAUAACAACAAAGACAAUUUUAACAUGUUUCUGACUGUGAUUAUUCAUGCAUCACAUCACGUACCUGCAUCCACCAACCCUUUUUUGGUAUUUAAGAAAAGAACCAUGUUUCUUUAGAGGGCAGAUUACGUUAACCAUUAUAACAUGAUGGCGAACACUGAGGGCGAGAAGCGUCAAGCGUUCCACACUCAACUUUUUGACCUUAAUGACUGCACCGUCUGGGUUAUCACAGUACACUGCAUUUUCCCCAUGGCUGACAGUGUGAGUGCACUUAUAUACUCAAAAUAGCAAAGUGCAAGUAUGGAAGUACACGAACGGAGACACAGCAAUUUAAGCCCGACUGGUGGUCUAAUUAGCCAGAGUUAUUGAAAACACCUGUGUGGGUGUGCAGGACCUUUAGAUUUAAGUCUCAGUGGUAGCAGCAGGGUUUUCUUCAUAUACCAACUGCCUCCUCUUUUACUCUUUGGAUUUAUCACUAGAUUGAAGCUCAGUCAUUCAGUUCCAAUUCAAAACAUCAGCCAAGUCGGAGAAAGAACAUAAACAUGUGCAACAAGUGACAGCAAGACCAUUAUAGGAAAAAAAAAACUUGCCAACAAGUUUGCUGUUUCUGUCAUCUUACUUCAGUCAGCCACAUUACUGCAUGUCUACAUCUCAACAUAUCUCAUGUGUAAAUUUCUUUCACAAUCUGUUCAAUAUAUUUAUCUAUUCUGUAUAUUGUACAUGUUUGAGACAAAUGUUGAAUUUGUGUUCUUAACAUAUUUUGUA